GACAGGGAACAUCACCAUAAGUAUUUGGCCAUCAAGGAAAACCUGAGCAUGGCACCGACAUCAGACGCAUCCGUGGACUCAUUGAUUCCUCUGUUCAAGUCAAUCGGUUUGACGCAAUCGAAAGCAGCAGAGGCAUCAAAAAACCCCAAGAGUGCGGGUGUACUUCGCGAUGUUAUCGUGACUCAUGGGCUCGCUGAUGUUGGUCUCGAUGAAAAGCAAGCCGUGUUAUUUGCUGCUCUGGCGGGACAGCUCAUCAAGGUAGAGGGCAUGGGUGAAUCUGAACGCGAUUAUGUAGUGAAAGCGAUUCUAGAGGGGAAGCUCAAAUCUGUCGAUCAAGUUACUGCUGCCACGAAAUAUCUCGAAUCGAAUCCAGGUCCCAUCGAUGACAAUGAAUUCAACAAAUACUGUGGUGUCGGGUUUACCAUUACCGCAGAAGAACUUCUAAGCUCUGCAAUACGUUACAUCGAAGAUAGCACAGUAGCUGGGUGGGCUAACCUAGGCCCCACUAUAAGUGGGUUGAAGGCCACGCCUGAGCUACGAUGGGCUAACCCACUCGAGAUGAAAAAUGCUGUUGAGAAGGCUUUCACUGAAAAGUUCGGCACAAGAGAAGUUGGAAAGCCGAAAGGGAAGGAGCCGAAAAAGGAGGGUUCUGCAAAACCAAAGGCGGCAGCCACGGAGACAGCAUCACUGGCAAGCACUAGCACCAACACUAGGAAGUCUGUCUUCGAAGAAGGUUUUCUGGGUGCUCUGCAUAAACCAGGCGAGAACACCCAGAUACACCCACAUCUUCGCGAACAGCAUCUUGCAUCAACAAACGGUCUCGUCUUCACCCGCUUUCCACCAGAACCUAAUGGCUUCUUACAUAUUGGACACUCAAAAGCCAUUUUUGUCAAUUUCGGUUAUGCGGCGCAUCAUGGAGGAAAGUGCUACUUGCGCUAUGAUGAUACGAACCCUGAGAAGGAGGAGGCACGAUAUUUCGAGAGUAUUCUCGAAACCGUUCGUUGGUUGGGAUACGAACCGUGGAAAAUCACAUACUCCAGCGACUAUUUCGAUCAACUAUAUGAUCUAGCGGUGGAGCUUAUUAAACGAGAUAAAGCUUAUGUGUGCCAUUGUUCUCAGGAAGAAAUCAAAGCAAACAGGGGCGAAAAAGUGUCAGCGCCCAAAGCUUGCGCCCAUCGCGCACGACCAGUGGAGGAGUCGCUAAUAGAAUUUGAAAAGAUGAAGAACGGUCAUUAUCGACCUAAAGAGGCCAAUUUGAGGAUGAAGCAGGACUUAACAGAUGGUAAUCCUCAGAUGUGGGAUUUGACUGCCUACCGAGUAUUGGAUGCCACUCAUCAUCGGACUGGUGACAAGUGGAAGAUUUAUCCUACAUAUGACUUCACUCAUUGUUUGGUUGAUAGCUUUGAGAACAUUUCGCAUUCCCUUUGCACAGUGGAGUUUAUCGCCUCGCGUCAAUCUUAUGAAUGGCUAUGUGAUGCGCUUGAAGUUUACAAACCCAGACAGUCUGAAUAUGGCCGACUUAAUGUGCAAGGUACCGUUAUGUCGAAACGAAAAAUUCUUACACUCGUGAACGAGAACUAUGUCAACGGUUGGGACGAUCCACGACUUUAUACAUUAAUUGCUCUUCGAAGACGUGGGAUCCCCCCAGGUGCUAUCAAGUCCUUCGUAUCAACUCUCGGUGUCUCCACAGCGGCAUCUAAUAUCCAAGUUGCACGAUUUGAGCAGACUGUCAGGCAAUACCUUGAAGGAACUGCUCCACGCCUACUCAUGGUAUUGCUACCACUGAAAGUUACAAUCGAAAAUCUUCCAGAAGAUUAUGUUCUCAUGGUGGAGAAACCGCUUCAUCCCAAGGUCCCAGAACUUGGGACUUCCACCAUUCCUUUCACGCGCACAAUUUAUAUCGAUGCAGAUGAUUUCAGGUUAGAAGACUCCAAGGACUAUUUCAGGCUUGCACCCGGAAAAACAGUAGGGUUGUUCCAGGCACCACAUCCUAUCACAUGUACCUCGUACAAAACAGAUCCGACAUCUGGAGAUGUCAUCGAGCUUAUCUGCCGACUUGAAGAUUCGGGCUCUGCGAAGAAACCAAAGGCUUUUAUCCAAUGGGUUGCAGAGCAUAAAGCUUCAGGAAGCCCUGUGCGGAUCGAUGAAACUCGUAUAUUCUAUCCAUUGUUCAAGAGCGACAAUCCUCUUGCAGCAAUUCCUGACUUCAAAGCUGAUAUAAAUCCAGAUAGCUUGGAAGUCAUCAAGGGUGCCAUGGUGGAAGUAGGCUUCUGGCCUCUGGCGAAGCGUUUACUGGAAAAUGCUCGCGCUGAAAGCAAGGCACAGGCGGAGCAUGUUUCAGGAGACGUGAAGAGUAAAUCGUACACUCCAAACGGGCAGCUUGCUGGGAAGGACUUAAAAGAAGAUUCAGGGAAGUCUUAG